AUGUCGGGCUACGGUUACGGUCCUCCGCCUCCACCACCUCCAGCUUCUUCUGGCGGUCCUCCAACCUACGGUCCCCAAGCUCCGUCUUACCCCCAAAACGGUCAGGGUCGAGGAGGGCAUCACGCCCGUGGACGCGGCGGCCAUUAUAGCGGUGGGCGCGGAGACUACCACGGCUCGCCCCAGGCUCGUUACGAAUACGGUAGCCAGCCCCAGCCAUACCCUUCUCAUCACAAUCCUCCUCCCUACGGUGCCUCGCAUCCUCCUGCUUACCCUCCUCAGCCUCAAUGGGGCCCGGAGCAUGGUCACCCUCCUCAUGGACAUGCCCCGGGCCCCAUGCCCUCCGGUAACUAUCAUUCCAACUACGCCGCCCAACCAUACCCUCCUUCUCAAUAUCCACAGCAGCCUCCUUAUGGCGCACCACAAGCAUACCCCUAUCAAGGGCCACCUCCCCCGAACCAACCACAGUGGAAUGCUGGAGGGCAGCCGCCUGGAGGUCAUUAUGGCGGAGGGAGGUCGCGUGGGGGCUACAAUGAUCGUAAUGGACCAAAGCCUCCGCUAGUCGGCCAUGUACGCCCUGGUUACGAGCAUGAAGCCAUGCCGCCAGCCAACGGUUAUGGCCAGCCAUAUCCCCAUGAUCCCCGAGCAGUUCAUUACCCUCCUCCUCAAUAUCCAGCGUAUCCUGGCCCUCCUCCGCCUCUUGUUCACCAACAGGAUGGCUAUUAUGGUCACACGACCCGCCGAGGCCGGGGUGGUUUCCGAGAUGGAAACACUCGUGGUCGCGGGGGUCAUCAUGGUAACGACAAGUCGCGUCAUCAAAAGCAUGGACAUAACGAUUCCAACCACAAGUCCGAAACUCCCACUCUGGGGAAGAAGAAGAAGCGAAAGACCAACACUCUGGGCUUGACGCCUGGCAUGGACUCCGAAUCUGAAGACGAUGAAGGGGAAGAGAAGGUCUUGACCGAUUUGAUAGGACAGGAAACACUGAAUGUCAAAGAUGUUGCCGCGUUCCUGGCGGAUAGGAAGAAGCACUUCCCUACAAAAGCCCGAGUAGAGGCAAAAAAGACUGCCGAGCUGGCACAAACUGGCGAAGACAAGGCUUCCUCGCUAGAAAAACAGGCCGACAAGCUCAGACGACAGCUGCGCAAAGUUGAAUCGUCCAUUAAGCGAAAGCGCGAACAGGGCGACGAAGGUGACGAGAUGCGAGACCCAUCUGAGGAGUCUUCAGAUGACGAGCCAGAAGUUAUGUCUACUCGUUCCCAUGUGGCUCCUCCGCCCCCGCCGCCGGCCAAGAAAGCCGACGUCUCCAAACAUUGCAAAUAUUAUUCAACUGGUGGAACAUGCGGCAAGAAGGGCAAGUGCCGUUUCGUCCAUGAUCCCGAGGCUCGUGAAGCGGCCAUGAAGGACCGUGAGGCAAACAAUGGUCGACUCACUAUUCAGCAACGACUGAUCCUCAACGACAAGGAGCAAGAGGAUCUUACUGUCCUUCAGUCAAUCCAGUACCUCCGCAAGAAGGGGUUGAUGCAGCCUGAAGAUCCUGAGGUGAAAAAAGAGGCGAAGUCCGCCAAGCCCGAUCUCCCAGCGCAUCCGCCCCCUCCAAGUCUACUUCCUGCUGCAUCAGCUUCGUUGCCUCCUCCCCCUGUCAAACGGGAGCCUAACUUGCCUCGUCAUAACCCACCUCCGUCCACCGUUCCUGGCGCCAAUAGUAACAACACUCAGGGAGUCAAGCCCUAUCAAGGAUGGACAAUGAGGCCUUACGGAAGCACGAAUGGGAAGUCGACUAAGAGUGAUAAUCUGCCUUGA